AUGGAAAGCAAACCUAUCGAAGGUGACCGCGAAAGCGUUGCCAAAGGUACCAUCAUCGGCGACGACCUCGAUGAUGCUAUCCUGAGAGCAAACGGCCACAGACCAGACUUGAGGCGCCAGUUCAACUGGUUCUCUGCUCUUGGUCUGGGUUUCUCCAUCACCAACUCCUGGGCUGGAUACAUUAGCAACUUUGGCCAAAGCCUCAUCUAUGGAGGACCUCAGGUCUGUAUCCUGGCACUUGUAGUCGCCUGGGUUGUGCAGUUCCUCAUUACCCUUGGCCUGAGCGAGAUCGCCUCCGCCUUUCCGUCCACCGGUGGCCAGUACCACUUCUGCUACAUUCUCAGUCCCGAGAAGACUAAGCGGUUCACCGCCUUCACGAUCGGCUGGAUGUCUACCCUUGCUUGGUGGGUUGUAAUCUCCGACUACCCCCAACUCCCCAGAACAGAUCCUGACGUGCCGCUAGUUGUACCAGUGUUUGUUGCUUCGAAACGCAUCGCGAUUAUGGUCCAGUUCACUCUCAUUUGCUCCAUUUUUGGAAUAGUAGCCAUCCACAUUAGUGAGGAGAUGUCGCACCCUGGACGAAGAGUGCCACAGGUCAUCAUCAUGACCAUGUUUAUCGGCCUACUUACUAGCCUGCCUCUCUUUAUUGCCUUGAUGUUCUUCAUGACGGAUCUGGAUGCCGUCCGACACUCGCCACUUCCUAGCAUGGAGAUCAUUUACCAAGCCACCGGAAAUCGCAACGUUACCAUUGGCCUCGAAGCACUCCUUCUUGUUGUCUACAUCUUUUCUCUUCCCUCUCAGUGGGUCACCUGUGGCCGUAUUGCUUGGGCUUUGGCUCGUGAUAACGGCGUCCCUUACUCCAACUACUUCUCCAAGGUUGACCGAAAGCUCGAGUUCCCCGUCCGAACGACCAUCAUGGCUUUCAUCUUCACUCUGAUCUACGGCCUGCUCUACCUCGCUUCCACUAGCGCCUUCAACUCGAUUAUUACAUCGGCUGUUCUGUUCCUGAACAUUACGUAUGCUGUUCCUCAGGGAAUUCUGCUCACUCAAGGACGCAAGGAGCAUCUACCCCCACGAUAUCUGAACCUGGGCGCUCUCGGCUACGUCUGCAAUGUCUUUUCUAUUCUCUGGAUCGUAGUGCUGGGAGUCUUUGUGUGCAUGCCGCCUACUUUGCCUGUCGCGACCGAGACCAUGAACUAUAUCAGCGUUGUUACCGUUGGACUGUUUUCCAUCAUCAUCGGGCUCUGGUUCUUCGAGGGCAGGAAGAAGUUUGAGGGUCCUCAUAUCGACUGGGAAAUGAUCAAGGAGGCCAAUCUUCAAAUGCUCAAGGGAGAGAUUCAUCAGGUCUAA